GCAACUAUGAAAUUUUUCAGUGCCAUUAUGCAGUGGUCGUACUUUGGAAUUUUGAAUUUUUUCCUGUCUAUUGGAGUCUUACAGGCCAUUAAGAAAAUACAUGACCCAGAUAACAAUAUUCGUGAACAUGUAGAAGAUUGUCUUGCUGACAACGGACUCAACAUAAGCAUUUUGGGCAUCGAUAAAAUCGAGGAUCUCAAUGAAAAAUCAUUCGAAAAUCUUAAAGAUAUAGCCAAGGACAUUCGAAAUUGUUUUGUAGCUUGCGUUUAUAAAAAAAAAGGAAUUAUAACACCGGAAGGAACUCUCGCGGAGCCUGUUUUUCGAGCAGACCCAAACAAGAAAUUUACAACGACUUUCGAUGAUGCAAUUAACGCGUGUAGAGGUGAAAAGAACUUUUGUAGACUAGGAGGCUGCUUGUAUGGAGUAUACUUUUAACUGUAACUCAUUUAGUUGCUAAACGAACAAUAGUAAAAUUAGACUAUUCAUG